AUGCCCCGGAAAUCACUGCUCACCAUCAAAGGUCCUCCUGGCCAAUAUGCACCAUCAUGUGCUCCGAUCGAGACUUUACCACUCGAAUUGAAACUGCGGAUAGUUUCUUAUCUCUCUUAUGAAGACGCUGUGGAAUUAGCCCUCGUGUCUCGAAACUUGCAAGAUGCGGCUGAAUCAAUCAUUUGGUCGAAAAUAGAUAUGUGUCUACCUAUCACGUGGGAAAAACAAGAUUGCUUUUGGGAAGAUGAUAUGCCAGAUUGGUGGAAUGAUGAAAAAAUCAAUAUACCACAAAUUCAAGCUGAAGAAAUAGUCAAAAAAGUCAAAUCGAGAUCGAAAUCAGAGAAACCUGAAUGCGAAUAUGAUCUGUUACUAAGUGAUAUUGAUAUCUGUUGUGGUUUAAGACAAAUCAAAUUCCUCACAAGGACAAAACAAGUUUGGCAAGCUAUUCAGAGUAGACCUUCAAGAUCAGGAUGGGUAAAAGAAUUAUCAUUAGAAACACCAAAAUCAAAAACUCAUAAACAACUUUGGAUACAACCUGAUAUAAACGGUGAAUUAAUCAAUAUCAUCCAUGCCAUACGUGGGAACAUUAGAAUCUUGCGAAUCGGUCCUCCAGACAUCAACUUAUACGAAUCAGAUAUAAAAUUACAAACUGAAGAUAUCACUGUCUUCUCCAAAUCGAGUGGUCUCCACUUACCCCAUACACCCAAAUUACAUACGUUAGAAACCGUAUUAUCAAACAAAUCUCCAUUAGAGCAUCAAUUAUCGAGCAUCUUUUCUGUAUUCGGUACAUCUUUGACUUGUUUUAUCCUCAAUCCUGCUUGGCCAAACACAGAUAUAUCUUCUUCAUCCGAACCCAAUCCUAAAUCAGAGGAUAUGCUUGAUCUUCCGGCAUUAAAAUCACUGAAGUUGCGCGAGUUAAGACCUGGUUCCAUACAGUCCAUAUGUAAAUUGAUCGAUUCAGCUAAAAAUUUAGGAGAGCUCAUUAUACAUUUCACGGAACAGAAGAGACUCUGGCAAUCUUCGUCAGACAGAUUGACAGAAAACGAAAUCAAGAUAUUGAGAGAACACAAAGGACUGAAAAGGAUCGAAUGGUACGGCGGAUUGGAUGCUAGAUGGUGGUUUGAGAAGAUUUGUGAAAGCGGCUUUGACAAUAUCAAUAUAUUGGUUCAAAGUCAAGCGGUGGAGUGUGAAAGUGAGACAUUCAUUGAGAAUAUCCUCAUACCACCUUUCCCUUCCCUUCAGGCCAUCGUCAUUCCAUGCCGCACUACCAAAUGGUAUCGUCACCUUGCACCACCCGACUGGGCAAAAGCUCCUCCACCUCGAAAUUCGAUCUCACCUCAUGUCAUUACUCAUCUCCGAUCUGCACCUAAUGUUGUAGCAGUCCAAUUCAGCUGUUUAUCCUCCCUGUCCUCCGAGGAAGUACUCAGUAGCCCAACAUGGUGCGACAAGCGGGUUAACGGUGUCUUGUUACGAAGUUACUUGAAUAAUAUAAGUGGAGAAGAAUUUUACCAUUUAAGAAGACUUGAGCUUUUAACUGUCCAACCGAAGAUAUACGAUUACACGUAUUCUGAAAAGUAUAAAGAACUGAAAGGCUGCAAAGGGGAUGAGAUAGAUCAUAGAUGGGUCGAUCAUACUUGGUAUAAGAGCGUACCUGUACCACCACCUAUUCUCAAGAAGGUAUAUAAGCUCUUGGGAGCCAAGUCACAGUGGACCAAUCCGGGUAGAGGAUUAGAAUUGCCUGAAUCUGCAUGGGAAGUAUUGAGAAAGUGGAGAGUCAAAUUACCUGACAGAGGUGUACAAGAGAGAACCAUUGUGACGAGGAGAAUGACAAGAGGAACCGCUCCAACAUCUUGA